GUUCCGGGUGACGCCGGGCCGGCUGCCGGAGAGGCUCUGGUCGGGGCCUCAGCUGGAGUUAUGCCGAGGGGUCACUGGAGGCUGCAGGCCGGGAGCUGCGGCUGGCGAGGAGCCCGUCUCACUCCUCCCCCGUACCGAUAACGGCCCCAGGUCGGACCAUGAGCGGCCAGGAGCAGGAAUCACACUCGGAGCAACAAGAGACCGAGGUACAGGCCCUGAGCUCCAUUUACGGCACGGACUUUAGGGACCUCCGGAACCAAGACCCAUGGAAGGUAAAACGUCCCCCAGAAAUUUGUAUAGUGCUACACCCUCAGGGAUUGAUCAACGUGAAAGAUAGCCAUGUUGCAGUGGAUUUACAUGUUAGUUGCCCAUCCAACUACCCAGAUGUACCUCCAGAAAUCGAGCUGAAGAGAGCGAAAGGCUUGUCUACUGAAAAAUGUAAUCAGCUGCAUGCAGAGCUGGUGAAACUUGCCAAAGGUCAUUGUGGAGAGGUGAUGAUAUUCCUCUUAGCGGAUCACGUGCAGGCAUUUCUCAGUGAAAACAACAAUCCUCCCUCCAAGUCCUUUUACGAGGAAAUGCUGAAGAACCAACAGGAACAGCAACAGCGGCUAGCACAGGAGGAACAGCGCAGAAUAGAGCAGAAAAAGAAGAAUGAUGAAAAAGUGCAACGUCAAAUUCUUGAAGAAAUACAGAGACUCGAAGAGGAGAAGAGAGAUGCAAAGAAACUAAAUCAGUUGGCCAAGCAGGAGCGGCGGGAAAGUGCACAAGUGACCAUUCCAGGAAAUCCUUCCAGAAUUCCUGCUUUAAACAGGCAGUCUCCUGACAGCUCGAAUGAAAAAGUAGCGGACCAAGUUGAUCACAAAAAAGGAGGGAACAACCGACAUCGAACAAAUUCCAACAUCCGCUCAAAACGAGAACGGCAACUUUCUGUAUGUAGCAAUGAGGACAGUUCCCAGCUACACAAGCUUACACAUUUCAAUAUGGGAUCAUCCGGAGGGUUCACGGUACACAGGGGAAAGCUUGUCGGUGAGAGCGAGCAGUUGAGCCGGGCUGUCUACAAUGCUUUGGAAGAAUUGACAGGAAAUUUUGUGGUAAUCUAUGAAUGGGUUCUUCAGUGGCAGAAGAAGAUGGGCAGGUUUCUCACCAGUGAGGAGAAGAACAAAAUUGAAAAAUGUAGAAAGCAGAUUCAAGGUGCAGAAAGUGAGUUUAGUUCCUUGUUGAAACUGAGCCACUCUAACCUGGUGCAUUACAUGGCAAUGUGCUGCAAGGAGCAGGAAAACUCCAUCGUGAUCAACCUUCUUGUUGAAUAUGUCAACGGCUCCAGCCUCUCAAAUGCCCUGAUCAAAGGGACCCCCAUUGCAAUUGAACGGCUCCAGCACUACACAGUGCAGCUUCUGGCAGCCUUGGACUAUCUCCAUAAUAACUCUGUGGUUCAUAAGGUCCUUAGUGCCUCAAGCGUUCUGGUAGAUAGCGAAGGCAACGUGAAGUUGACGGAUUACAGCAUCUCGAAGCGGCUGGCUGAUAUUUGUAAGGAGGACGUGUUUGAACAGACCAAAGUGCGAUUCAGUGAGAAUGCUCUGCCUUACAAGAGUGGUAAAAAGGGAGAUGUGUGGAGGCUGGGCCUCCUUUUGCUGGCUCUUAGCCAGGGCAAGGUUGUAAAGGAAUACCCAAUAACUGUGCCGAACAACCUGCCCAGCAACUUUCAGGAUUUCCUCAGCAAGUGUGUGUGUUUAGAGGACAAGGCACGCUGGAGCCCCCAGCAGCUACUUGAGCAUUCCUUUGUGAAGCCCCCAUUGGUUCCUGCUCCCUCGCCCUGCAAUGAAGACAGUCCAGAAGAUUCAGCAGGAGGAACAGACUGUGCAGAAACUGUUAUCCCGAACAGCCAGCUCCUCGCUGCGUCACUUUACACAGACACCCAGAGGCAGUUGUCGCGCUAUUACAAUGAGUUUGAGGAGCUACAGCUUCUAGGUGAAGGUGCCUUUGGCGCUGUCAUCAAGGUGAAGAAUAAAUUAGAUGGCUGCUAUUAUGCUGUUAAGCGCAUCCUGGUGAAUCCCACCAGUAAACACUUCCGCAGAAUAAAGGGUGAAGUGACACUGCUCUCACGUCUAAACCAUGAAAACAUUGUAAGGUAUUAUAACGCCUGGAUUGAGAAACAUGAAAUCCAGUCCGCUUCGAAUCCAACCACAGAAAACUCGCAACAGACUCCAUCCUCACCUGAGUUGGACCAUCAAACAAAAUUGAGUUCAUUAGAUGACAUUGAAAAAAAUGCCUCACCCCAAGUCACAACCAGUUCAGUGGAAUGGAGCACAUCAUGUGAGAGAUCAUCGAGCAUCAAAUGCACUGAGAGGGAGUCAAGUGAUGAGGAUGAUGAUGAAGAAGAUGUGUUUUGUGCAUCAUUUUUACCAGUUGACAUUGAUUCAGACAGUGACAUCAUCUUUGAGAAUGGCACUGGAAACAGCAACAACGGCCCUGUGGACUUCCGACCCAUUGUCUUCUUCUCAUCCUUUUCUGAGCUGGGCAGGGAAGCUGCAAAUGCAAAGAAUCCUGACAUUGAGAAAAUGGAGAAGGCAGAGGUCAUACUGCUACCACAGACAGUGCACUAUCUAUAUAUUCAGAUGGAAUACUGUGAGAAAAGCACAUUACGAGACACAAUUGACCAGGGACUGCAUAGAGAUAUCAAUCGUCUCUGGAGGCUGUUCCGGGAAAUCCUUGAUGGACUAGCUUAUAUCCAUGAACAGGGUAUGAUUCAUAGAGAUCUGAAACCUGUUAAUAUAUUUUUGGAUUCCAAUGAUCACGUGAAAAUAGGAGAUUUUGGCUUAGCCACAGAUCAUCUUUCUAAUGUGGCAGGUGACAGGCAGGAAACAGAUGGCAGUGGAUCUAUUCAUUUUAUCAAACCUGACCCAGCAGGGAAUCUGACUGGAAUGGUUGGUACUGCCUUAUACGUGAGCCCUGAGGUACAGGGCAACACCAAAGCCUCCUACAACCAGAAAGUGGAUCUCUUCAGUUUGGGAAUUAUUUUCUUUGAGAUGUCGUAUCAUCCCAUGGACACCGCAUCUGAAAGGAUCUUUGUACUCAGCAAGCUACGAAUGCCCACGAUUGAGUUCCCUGAAGAUUUUAAAGUGGAAGAAUAUUCAAAACAGAGAUUGAUAGUUGGCUGGCUGUUAAAUCAUGACCCGGCGAAACGUCCCACCGCAGUAGAGUUGCUGAAAAGUGAGCAUCUCCCCCCACCCCAGAUGGAGGAGUCGGAACUACAUGAAAUGCUGCACCAUGCACUGGCAAAUACUAGUAGCAAAGUUUACCGGACAUUGCUCACCCAGAUAUUCUCCCAGCAUAUCACACCUGCUAUGGAUUUCACCUAUGAUAUUGAUGUUCACAAGGGCAAUUUUUCAGCACACUACACUAUGCUGCGGCACUUCGUAUAUGAGACUGUGUGCCGGGUAUUCAAAAGGCAUGGUGCUACUUGGUUGCACACGCCACUAUUUAUGCCAAAGAACAAGAAGUUAUAUGAGGGUAGUGAAGGAGCCUAUUUCAUGGACCACAGUGGCAUGCUGAUCAUGCUGCCCCAUGACCUCAGGGUGCCUUUUGCGAGGUUUGUGGCAAGAAACAACAUCACCAGUUUAAAAAGAUACUGCAUUGAACGGGUAUUCAGACCCCGAAAGCUGGACCGCUGUCACCCUAGAGAACUCUUAGAAUGUGCAUUUGACAUUGUCACGCCAAUUACAAACAACUUGUUGCCAGAUGCAGAGGUGAUCCACACCAUUGUCGAAAUUAUUCAGGAAUUUCCUGUUCUGCAGAAGCGAAACUACAGAAUCCAUCUGAACCACACUAGCCUGUUGAGGGCAGUGAUUCUACACUGUGGGAUACCAGAGGACAAACUCCAGCAGGUGUGCAACAUCCUGUGUGAUUCUAUGAUGGGGAAGCUGACCAGACAAGAGGUAGAAGCCAAGUUCUACAAUCUCUCAUUGUCACAAAACAAUCUGUUGCUCCUACACAAGCAUAUUGAGAAUAAAUUGGAUCUGGAAGAACUGAAAGUUAUGCUGACACCUCUGAUGAAGGGGAAGUUGGUUGUUUGCCAGUUGGUAAAACAGGCCUUAAAGGAGCUUGAGGAAGUGAUGGAACUCCUAAAGAAACUCGAUGUCAAACUACAGGUGGUAAUUAAUCUGGGCCUUGCCUACAAGGUGCAGCAGCACAGUGGAGUCAUUUUCCAGUUUGUAGCACUUGUGAAGCGGCGACACCACAUUGUCCCGGAUAUUUUAGCAGCUGGAGGGAGAUAUGACAGUCUGAUUCUCGAGUUCCAGAGACCACAAGUCGUAGGACCAGUCCCCUCUGCCGUGGGAGUCAGCCUUGCCUUGGAUAAAAUCCCUGCGCUUUGUUUCACAUCUGAACUGCCCGCUUUCUGUCAUUUUGAGACACUGGUGGUUGCAGUGGGGAAGAUGUCGCUGGAGAGAGCCAUCAGCAUCAUCCAGAACUUGUGGAAAUUCGGCAUAAAAGCUGAGUUGCUUCACAAUGUCUCUCAGGAAGAAGUUCAGGAGCAUUGCAAACAGACUGGAAUCAGUUACUCAGUCCUAGUCUCAGAUAAAGAGAGUAAACAUGUGAAGGUGAGAUCAUUUGAAAAGGACAAACAGACUGAAAAGCGGAUUCCGGAAUUGGAGGUGGUAGAACACUUCCAGAAAAUCAGGUCCAGAAUGUUGGAGGAAAAGGGAAACAGGGAAACUCCAGAGAGCCCUAUCUCACAGAACCUAAAGGGAUCACUCUGCAGUUCUACAGGGCCUUUUGAAUCACAUGGAAGUUCCUUAGUGCCAAAUUUGAAUUUAAUUUCGCCUGAAAAGUUGUCAUCCAGCACUAAACGGCGAUACGAGGAAAAGGUUCUGUCAAGACUUCAAACCUUUGUCACCAACCUACAGCAGAAAAGCAGUGACAUUGAAGUUUUAGCGGUUGAUGUAUCAAAGGAAACUCUGCUCAGCUUCUUAUCGCUGGAGUACGGUGGAGAUGAGCAAACAUUCAACGCCAGUGUGCAGCAUUUGCUCUUGCGGUCAACUAAACAGCGUUACCUGAAAUCCAUUUGUGACCAAAUCCAUCACUUCAAGUUGAUCAAGAGAGUAUCCUUGCUGGUUCUGUACAGUUACAGAGACGACUACUACAAGAUUCUGUUUUAAUGAGGCACCCUCUUUGAAGUUUGUGCAGAAGAGCUGUACUAACCAGGGGAAUUGCACCAGUGGAGUGUCACAAGCUGGAUAUCAGCGCUAGGAAUAUUUGAAUUAAUACAAUUCUUCUUUCCAGAUUAGUGACAUCCCUGUUAUGUGUUAAGUCAUGUGCCAUCCAGUCAGCCCUCCUCCAGAUUGUGUUCUCAGUCCUGCACUUUCAAUUAGUUUCUCCAAAACUGCCCCCCUCCCAAUGCAAAGGUAGUGAUUGUUGAGGGCUCCAUUGCUAUGGAGACUGUAGUGCUUCCUGUGUAGCCACUUUCCCAUGUGAGAGUGUCAGUGGAUUGUGACAGGCAUCAGGGUGCUACAUCCUUUCACGUAGCAAGCAUUGGAGUGUGAAAUAAGUGUGGGUCCUUUCACGUCACAAGUACCGUGUGCUCUCCUGACUAAGUCAUGGUGUCUGCAACCCUGCCAGGCACAAUGUAACCCUUUUUCAAGGUAAAAAUUUACUGUCUGUAAAAUGAAAUGUGUUAGUAAACAGUUCCUGUGUUGUUUUUCUCUAUGGUAUGUUGUUUCAUGUACCUCUGUAGAUUAUCAGUGUUUGCUCCACCUGCUGUCCCUAGUCAGGCAUUUUUCAGCUAAAAUUAGUUUCAUAACAGCCCACUGAGAGACAUGUUACUUCCCUACUCUCAGCUGUGAGACGUUUGAGUUCUGAACAGUCACCACCACCCUGAGCCUCAGCUAGUGCUUGCUAUGACACUUGGAGCCUGCAGUGUUGCCACUCACCCUAGCUGCAUCUUUCCACUCAGAUCAUUUUGUCUUGGAUAACCAUGUGAACAAAAUUACAUAUGCUUGAGUGGACAAAAAGUGCCUUUUAAAUCCAUUUCCUAGUGGUCCCCACCAAUUGAUGUCGCUGUCAGUUUAAUCCUGGGCAUUAAAAGUUAAUUUUCUGACACACUGUACUGAAUUUGAAGGGUACAUUGGAUCUCUGUGCUGUUUAACUAUUAACCUGCUGGAGAUGAAUUUUUCACAUAUGGUUUAGUUAAGAAUCAUGGAGUAUGAUUUUAAACUGGAGUAUUCCUAAACAAAAUCUAAUUUCCAUGUGAAUGUAGUAUCACCUUCAAUAACAGGCCAACUCAUGAACAGGCACUGGGGCCACAUUGAGGAACUUAACAAUAGUUUGACUUGUGGCCAAUCAAACUCUUGAGUGGCUCAGCUGUAAUGGCACACGUUGGCAUUUAGCCAAACUAAAUUGCUGCUGCCCCUUUUCUCAGUCACUCACUCUGCAGUUCCAUUUCUCAACUCCUUUACAUAUAGGUUGCUGAGUACAGCCUUGUAUCACUGCCACUAACUAGAUCAGGGCUGGGAACAAUGCUGAAGCUAAGUUUGUAGCAUCUAUUGAAUGUUCCCUAUUUAGUCAAAAGUAUUUAGGAAAAUAAACAUUGAUUGGUUUGUUGUGGCUCAUGUUCAGUUUAGGAAUAAAUUAAGAUGAAGUCUGUAACCACUGCAUUUUUAUCAUGGACUAUCGAUUGAUCAUUUGGAGCUUUCCUCCUGCCUUGGUGCUGGAGAGGAGGGUGUAUAAUCGCAGCAACAAGGAAAUGAGCCCUGCAGUUCCAUGGGGAUUUUCCCCAAUCUCCUGGUGUAACUUGGCAGUGGAUCAGUGGGACUUGAGACCUUACGGGAUAGAAGGAGGUCAUUUGGCCUUUCAAUUCCAUGACAGCUCUCUGAAGAACAGUCCAAUCAGUCCCAUUGUAUCCCCAUCGCCCUGCAAAUUUAUUUCCCUCAAGUGCCUAUCCAAUUUCUUUUUAAAAACAUUGAUUGUCUUUGCUUCCACUGCCCUUGCAGCCAGUAAGUUCUAGGUCAUUGCUGCGUGCUGCAUAAAAAAAAGUUCUUCCUCACAUCCUCCCUGUAUCUCUUGCCUAAAAUCUCAAAUCUGUGUUCCCCUAUACCUUGUACCAUCAAUUAAUGGGAACAGCUUUUCUUUGUCUAACUUAUCUAAACCUGUUAUAAUCUGGUACACUGCUAUCAAACUUGCUGGUAUCUUGGAGAUCAGAGCAACCUUUAGGGAAUUUUGUGUUUACAUUUGAGACUUAAAUAAUUAUGAUGCUGUGAAUUUAAGUUGUUUACUACAGAGGUUUGAGGAAGAAUAAAUCAUUUAUCUGCA